GAUUUGCGCCGCAAUCGUGUCAUCAUUAUUUCCACCAUUACCCUGUUUUUUUUUCUGUUUUUCUCCCUCCGUGCCUUGUCUUUUUUCUACGCACCUUGCGUUACCGCGCUGUGUCUCUCUGAGGUCUGUAGCGACGCCGCCCCUCACGAUUUGUGGUUGCCGCCUUCUCCCGUUGCUUGCAGCUUGCCAGGACGACUCCGCACAGCGACACUGUUGUCGUGGACGCGUCUCGAAUCUCCAGUGCUCCUGGAUAAAUACAAAAAGAAGAGGAAAAGUGAAGCCAAGCAAACAGAAAAUAUACUUUCUACACCUUCUAUACCCCCUCUUUAAACCCCCGUCUAAAUAUAACGCCAUGGCAAGCCUUCUUGUGACGGAGGGAGGCGAGGUGAAUACGAUGGCCAUCGUCGUCGGCGUUGUGGUCGGCCUCAUCGCCACCUUGCUGCUGCGGCUGCAGCUCCGCAGCCGUGAGCGACUGACGGAGAAGCCGCGCGCCAACCUCUUCGUCCCACGCGCAUACACGGUGGAGGAACUCGCCGAGUACGACGGCAAGACGAAACCGGAGGCCUUUGUCGGCGUCAAAGGCGUCAUCUACAACGCGUCGCUGGACUGGUACGGUCCGGAGGGGCCCUACAACGCUUUUGCGGGCUGCGACAGCUCGCGUCAGCUGGGCAAGGUGGUGGUCAGCCGCGAUGAAAUCAACGCCGACUGGACAACGCUGGCGCCGAGCCAUCUGCAGACGCUGCACGAGUGGGAGGAGCGGCUGCGCAGCAAGUACCCGGCGGUGGGCUGGAUUACGGACCCGAACGGCGACUUUGUGAAGCGUGCCGCCUCGAUGCAGCCGUAA